AUGGCCACCGAUACUGUCACGCCCGAGGUCCUCUGGGCUCAGCGCUCGUCCAAGGAUGACGCCGAGAAGAACUUCAUUUACCUGACCAUCCGCGUACCGGACGUGCCCAAGGAGAACCUCAAGCUGGAGCUCAAGCCGACAUCCCUGAGCUUCACGGGCCACUCGGAUACUCUCAAGAAGACAUACCAUGUCGACCUCGAGUUCUACGCCGAGAUCGACCCCGAGAACAGUAAGGUGCAUCACACUGCCCGCGACGUCGAGAUGAAGCUGCGCAAGAAGGAGCUCAACGAGAGCUACUGGCCCCGUCUGCUCAAAGACACCAAGAAGGCCCACUUCCUCAAGACCGACUUCGACAAGUGGGUGGAUGAGGACGAGCAGAACGAGGCGGGCGAUGAUGACUUUAACUUUGGCAAUAUGGGCAAUGACUUCGGUGGCCUUGACUUCUCCAACCUCGGCGGCUCCAGCUCAAAGGACGAAGACGAGGACGAGUCGGACGACGACAUGCCGCCACUGGAGGGUGAGGACGAAGAGGAGGAGAAGAAGGACGGUGAGAAGGAUGGCGAGAAGAAGGAGGAGCCCAAGGUGGCUGAAGAGAUGACAACGGACGCCAAGGAGGUGGUUGUCUCGUAA